UAGGAAACAACAUUUUUUUAUGUUGCAUUGACUUGAACAAAGGAAAGAAACCUAAAUAUGAACUUAACUGCACUUGACUUCGAAUUCGACUACUUUAUUAAGAAUAUGAGUUGCAGAGCUAUGAUGAGGCUUCCCUAUUCCUAUCGUUGCAAGAUGGCCACUCAAGUCGCCGAUUGCAAGCGCAUCAUCAACUUCUUCAACUACUUCAGGAUGAUGUACUGCUCCAUUGACAUCGAAGACAAGAAGACAGAGGUCGUGUUCAUGUUUCUGUUUGUGUUCAUUUGCGUGGCCUUUCUCUGGGUGAUGUCCUUUAACAUCGAUACCUACUUCUCACCCGUUCUGAAAAUAAUCUCCUUGAAGCUCCACAUGAACGAGUACCUGGCGGGGAUUACCCUACUGGCGUUUGGCAAUGCCAGUCCUGAAAUUAUAGCAAACUUAAUGCCAGUAAGAGCCGAUGCUCCGAUUUAUACCAUAGCUCUGGGUAAUACCUUGGCUAUUAUUCUUUUGAGUGGCGGGACGGUUUGCUUUUUGAGACCCUUCAAAAUGAACGGACAUUGCACUGUGCGAGAUUUGUUGUUUUUGCUUCUGGCAGUGGAGGUUCUGGGAUUUUUACUCAUCAAGGAGGGAGCUGCGACCUUGGGAGACGCCUUUAUUCUUUUCUUCAUUUACGUAGUAUAUGUGGCUAUCAAUGUAGCAGAUUUGGCCUUAAUGAGAUUUCACAUGAGAAAACUCCGAAAAGAAGUUGCCUACUUGGGGAGUUUAUCUCCUCCACCAAUGAGGGAAUUAGAAGAAAAGCUGCGGAAACUGACUGAAUGGGAAGAGGAGGAUGACAUUCGGAUACAUGACACCACAAAGACUCGCAUGGCCAGGAAUGCCAGUAAUAAUACGUCCGAUCCAACGAGAAGUGGCUAUUUCACCACCCCGAAACCGGAACGAAGACCUGAAGCCGUCAACUACGAGGCAAAUCGAACCAGCCUGCAUAAUACGGAAAAUCCCAAGAAUCUUCUACUCUUCAAAGAGUUCUUCCAGUCCCUCAAUCCCGUUGAUGGAGAAGCCUGGCAGUUGAGUGGUAAAUGCUAUCGGAUAUACCUUAUAGUCAGAUCUCCCCUGGUAUUCGUACUACUCAUAUUUAUUCCCGUGGUGAAUUACGAAAAGGACAAGCACGGCUGGAGCAAGUUGCUCAACUGCACGCAGAUUGUGACGAAUCCGUUUGUGGUCAUUACCCUGGUGCACUCUGCUGUGUCUAGUGUGUACCACACCUGGUAUAUAACCCUCAACUUCAGCUUUUCAAUGUGGUCGCCGUGCCUCACCAUUCCACUGGCUGUUCUCAUUUUUUUGCACUCACGGACAGACAUUCCACCGAUUUAUCACCACCUGUUUAUUAUCCUCACCUUUUUCAGUUCCAUGGUGACCAUCUGGUUUACUGUCACUGAACUGGAAGUUCUCUCUGAGAUAGUUGGCAUUGUAUUUAACCUAUCCGAGACCUUUAUGGCGGUCACCUUCGAAGCCGUGUCGAAUGCCACUCCGGAUAUUUUAGCCAAUGCCCAGUUGGCCAUGCAGGGAUAUGGACGGAUGGCCUUUGCAGCUAUAAUUGGUAGUCCAGUUUUCGCGAUUUUGAUCAGCAUGAGCGUAGCCUUCUUCUUCAAUCUUCAAGUUCGAGAGAAAGGCGCCAAUUUGUGGGUCUACGGCGAUCUAGGUGAAAACUGUUAUGUAUUUCUGGUAAUAACCAUUCUGACUACAUUGUGGUGGAGCAUGACCUUUGACUUUUACGCCCGAAGAUCCGCUGGUGUUUUCCUUUGGGUGAUUUAUUUUCUGUUCCUUAUCUACGCAGUUGGUGUGGAGUUGGAGUUAGUACAUGAGUUUUCCAGAAAUCAAUAUUUUGCACCAAUAUAA